GAAGGAGAUCUUGCGUGAAAGCGUUUGAUUCAUGAACAAAUGGCCAUGAGCAGCCCGGCGUUUGCGUAUCAGACCCUUCAGCCGUCGUCCGGCUGCCGAGGCGGGGUGGAAGGGCACUUUCUGUCGCGCCAUGACACGCAUCUGGUGCUCAAUCAGGUGAGAAGACGAUAACAAUGGGCCAGUGUGAUGUUUUUUAAUGUGUGAUUGUGUCAUGUGUGUGUGUUGUGUGCAGGUAUCUCGUCUCGAGGUGAUUGUGUUGCGGCCGUCAUGGUCGUCUCUCUAUCGGCAGGCGAUGUUCGGCACCAUCGUGGACAUGCAGGUCAGCUGACCUGCCAGACAGUAUACAUGACCGCCGGGAAUGCAUGGCUGUAACGCUCCUGAUGGCUUGGCUUGCACCCCCCUAGGUGGUGGAGGGCAGCGCCCUGUCUGACACUGACGAGACCGUCCCACUCGACACUCUUCUGGUAGCCAUUCCUCCCCCGCCAUUCAAUGAGCGUCUGCUUGGCCUGCUUGUGCAUCCAUCGAUCAGGUGCUGACAGCCCGCGGCGUCAUCGCCCAGCUGGAGGUCACCCCCACGCACUUCCGCCAGCUGCGAUCGUUUGGCAGGCUGCCGGUGCGGCCCCUGCCGUCACCCAGCCAUUGGAAGGGGUCACACGGUGCUGUCGACGUCAGGGACGGGCUGUGCGAGGAUGAGCGGCACAUGCCGCGGUGCGACCUGAUGCACAGUGCUGUCAUGGCGGGCACUGCUUUAGCCGUCAUGGCAAGGUCAGUGCACUCGUUGGGGUGCUGCACGUGUGCAAGAAGCACCUACCUCGUCACUUCUGUGUGUGUGUGUGUUCGCUUGCAGGCAGGGCUUGUUUGCCGUGGCCAGCCUGACGCACCGCAUCUAUGUGCUCCCGCUGUCGUCGUCUCGGCCGCCGCUGCCCCUGAAUGCGUUUGGGGUGGUGCGGUCCGUCGCGUGGCUGGAACUGGGCAAGAGGGGAGACGUCGACGACGAACUCGUCCUGGUGCUGACGGCCCUCUGUCUUGCUGGUCCGUCGAGCCGUGUGUACUUCUUUUUGGUCCCUCCUUCGUGGCCGUCGGGUGCUCGUGGUGGCGUGGCCGACCUCGACCCAGUGUUCCGCCUGCAGGUGACGGGCGCGGCGACCGGUCUCGCUGUGGCGCCGAGGGAAGACAACUCAGACAGCGGGUGCCUCAUCGUUAUGGGGGAGGGCCGGAUGGGCGUGCUCAGAGUCAGCCCCGAGGCGCCAGGGGCCAUCGACGUGACCCACAUGUCCACCGUCGACCUGUCGACCGCUGCCAUCACACACCCGUCAGUUGCCUCACCGGCCCCCAUGGCCGCCGACCUCACCCCACCGCCCGCCCCACCCCCCGGCGGGCCACAAGACGACCGCUGGAUCAUCCCGCACCCCCCAUUCCCCAAGCCAGCCAAGCCGUCGCGACGAAAGCGACACAGUGAGGACAGGACGUCGGACGAGAACUCGCGGCCGGCCCUCAAGGAGAGGUGUCGAUCGUUCCCCCCGCACGCGCCGCCACAGAGACGCAGUGGGCCGAGAAGUGCUUUGUGGCGGCUGUUUCGUCGGUCGUUUCACCGGCUGAAUGAGAGGCUGCCGUCAGCUAUGACGAGGGACGAUUCGUCUGCACGGCCGCCGCCUUUUGACGAGUCGCUCCUUCACAUCGAGGAGGACCGGGAGGCCACGCCCCCACAGCCCCACUCGCGCAUCGUGGCUUGCCACAUGUGGGUCCGGAAAAGCCUUCUCCUAGCGGUGAGCCACACAGACACGUCCAUGGCAACUCAGUUUUCUUCUCUCAUCGUGUGCAUUUAUUUUCUCAGGACCAAGAGGGUCGCAUGAUGAUGAUUCGGUCGGUUCGCGACCCUGUUGCCAUCCACGCGACUUGGAUUGGCGGCCACACAGAGAAGACCCUCAGUCUCCCGCCAAGCGCAACUCUGACCGGCAUUGCGCCCCCACCCGCCAUCUCUCCCUGCCAGUGCAUGGUCAGCCUGGGGGCUGUGGGCGGCGGUGUGCGCAAGGCGAGAGGGCGGGACUGGGAAGGAACGGAAGUCGUGAUGAUCGGGGCGGCGGGCAGCCAUCGGCUGAUGCAUCUGUGGAUGGAAGUGAGCCCACUCGGGCAGAUUGAGGCGACGUUUGCACCACUGCCGCUGCCGUGCCCUGUCCCUCUCGGGCCAUGGUCGUCUGUGGCGCACAUGAGUGGGCGUGUGCCGAUGCGAGAGCUGAUAGGAACUGGUGGAGGGGAUGGCGGGGAGAGCGAUGUGAUGGUGGACUCUCUUUGUGAGGAGAUCCCGCGUGUCGUGGGCCUGGCCGGGAGGUACCCCUCGUCGGCUAUUCAGAUCAUCGCACCAGGUAGACAGACAGAUGGGGCAGAGAGAGGCAUUCGUGUGCGCAGUGUCCAUCCAUAUGUGCGUGUGUCGGUGUGUCCGUCAGGACAUCCUGCGGUCGAUGGCCCGGCAGAGCUGGAGUUGGAGGCGAGGGCGCGGGGCGUCACUGCCAUCGCUCUUUCUGACGGUGGCAGCACCGAGGACAAGAACUCCAAGUGAGCAUGGAGAGCACUGAACACAGACAGGGCAUUGAUGUCAUACGACCUUUCGUCCCCCCGUGUCUGUCUGUCCGUCCCCAGACCAGCAUCCACCCUUCUCGUCCUGUCUUUCGUCGCCGAGACGAGAUUCCUACUCGUAAGCCCCACCCGCACCCACAUGACAUGACAUGCACACAUACCCCCACACUGUCAUCGGCUCCUGUUCUCUCAGAUGACGGCCGGCCAAGCCCCCCAAGAGAGCACUGACGUCGCCCCCACCCCUGCUCCCGCCCCGAUGGAUGCGGAGACCAACGAGGCGCCGCCCACCUAUCCAUUGGCCCCCGAGGGUCAGCGAUCGAUGUCCAUCGACGAGGAGAUUGAGGAGAACAUGGAUGCGGCCGUGGAGGGGGUGCCGACCAUCAUGGAAGUCGAUGCAAAUGACCUCGGUGAGACACAUGGCACCAGGGCAUGGCACACCCGUCCAUCUCUCCCCUGUCUGCCUGUUUGUCAGGUCUGGUGGGGUCUGAUCCCUCUCUGUGGACAGCGAUCCGGUCGUUUCGGCGUCAGACAUCGGGAGCAUCAGCGAGCGCAAGACCGUCACCACCACCAUCGCAGGCCGUCAUCCAAGUGACGUCCCACCAAGUGCGGCUGAGCAUCCUCGAGAGCGACCCCUCAUCGCCUCUCGCUGGGCUCACAUGCACCGGUCGCUUCACCUGGACCCCGCACGCCAUGGGCGGGGGGACGGUGGGGGCGGCCGGCGGAGAGGGCAAUGUGGUGGUCGUGGCCUUGAACGGCGCGAGGGGAGGCGCUGGACCAGGUGCGUGCGUCCACAGAACAGAACACCACACCACACGAAUGGCCCCGAGUUCCGCUCUGUGUUGUUGAACUUGCAGCCCUUGCGUUCCUGAGUGUGGAUCCGACCGACCCGUCCGGCAUCCGCCCGCUCCCCCUGCCCUCUGCGCCAUCGCUCUCACUCCCCGCUGAGACCACAGCCGUCCUCCUACACACACUCGGGCCGUCCCUCUCCCUGCUCGCUGCCGGCCUGGUCACAUCGGAACUGCACGUCCAUGUGGUGGGGUAUGUGGGUGGCGGUGUGGAGGUGCGCGAGGGGGUUGGCGUCAAGGUGGACAAGGGGACGGGUGACGGCGGAGACCCCGGAGUGCCGGAAGCCAUCGCGUGAGCGAGAAGCCCGAGGAGGGGAAAGAAACGCGGCUUCUGCAUGUCAUGUGCGCAUGUGUGUUGUACGUUUCAUUUCAGUGUGUGUGGGCCGUAUGUGUUUGUGGGGUUGAGGAACGGGUGUGUCCGCGGGUGGCCGAUUCCUGCGAUGAGCAUCGAUCGCACUCAGGGAGUCGACCAGUGGAUUGAACAGUUGCAGACAAGUGAGUGAGCCAACACGCAGACCAGACCAUAUGACGCAUGAAACCCACAGCGUGUCUGUCUGUCUCUCACCCAUCCAUCGCAUCCAUCGCUGUAGGUAUGGGGUCGCCCCCGAUCUCUCUGACGCUGGGCAUCCAUCCAGUGUCCCUCUCGCCCAUCCCUCCGGCCUCCCUUCUGGCCCUCACGGACCAGCCCUGGAUGCUGCACGUCGACAGCCAACAUCAGGCCGACCAGACGGCGUCGAUUCCAUGGCCAGCACUGCCUCCCUCACUGCAAGCCAUGCCCGUCUGGCUGCCCGCCACAGACCGGGUGAGCCGUCUGCGUGGUUCGGUUCGUUGAUGGAUCUGUGUGCAUGUCUGUGUCUGUGUCUGUGUGUUGGUGUGGCAGCUGAUUGGGGGUGCGGUGAUGGCUGGCAUGGACGGGCUGCUGGCCUACACGGAGGGUAGCCGUCUCAAGUUCUUCAGGGUCGACAAGGCAACCAUGGCCACGGUGCGUGAGGGAGGAAACAGACAAACACAAAUCACAAAAUUCCCGGGCCCGUUCAUGUGUCGCUUUCUGUCUGUCCCUGCUCAGAGCCACCAGCUCUCACUGCCUCUAGCCGCUUCCACCUUGGCCGUGCACCCCUUUGUGCCCCAGUGCUGCGUCGUCACCGGCAGAUACCUGCCCCCAGGCCCGCUCCCGCCAUCGCCCCGGUUCUCGGCAGCCGACCUGACUCCACGGACACUGCGGAUGCUGCAGGGGCCGCUGGAAUCGGUCCCGUCGAUUGUUGGCGGCGGCGAGUGGGGCGUGGGUGUGGGGCGGAUGCCCAUCACUGCCAUGGCCGGACAGUGCAGGGUGAGUAGCAUAGAGAUACAGAGCACCGGAGGGUGGGUGGGUACUUACACACAUGCAAUCUGCCUUUCGCAUCUUGUCUUGUCUUGUCUGUCCUGUCGAUCAGCCUGAAUCGCCCCCGUCCUCGGGGCCGUCAGCGGCCUCAGACGCCUUCACGCUCGACCACUUCCUGCCCUUCGCUUCACACCGGCGUGACGACAGCUCCUCUCAGCGGCAGGGCCCCAUCGCCAAGUGGCCGCCGGGCCACGGCUACGAGCGACCUGAGGCGACAUGCUUCUGGACCCCACACCCAUACCUCAUCGAAAAGGUCACGAAUGGUGGACACAAUCUCACCAUCACCAGCCAUUCUGCAUCGUUCCCACGUUGGAUGCAGCUUCAGAAGCGCAUGGAUCUCUCGGUGUCAUCUCCGCCCAAGCCGUCCCUCUGUCCCGACGGCCCACGCGCCCCGUCAUCUCUGCUGACGUCGGCCCUGCUGGUGGUGGGCACGGCGGUGGGAGCUGCGGGGGGUGAGGUGAUCGAUGGCGUGGAGUACCUGGUGGGCGAGGGGCGGCAGGAGGCCAAGCAGGGGAGGGUGCUGCUGUUCUCCGUCGGAUACAGGGAGGAGGUGGGCAAAGGGCUGGUGGGAUGCGGGGUGCUUGGUUGGGAUGGAUGGAUGGAUGUGCUGCGUGCAGCCUGCUGACGAUGGUGAGGUGCGGCGGUGUGUGGUGCGGCUGCCAGACGUACGUGGGCGGACAGACAGACAGUCUGGGAGCACGUCAGAGCCUUCCAAAUGUAUGGAUGGAUGCAUCUAUUGUGUGCAGGUCGGGGAGGUGCCCCCUGAUGUCCCUCCGAUUGACGGCCUCAGUGUCGGCGAGUCCCUCAAAGUCAUCGCACGAACCGCAACGGGCCUCUGCUACUGCAAGUGAGCACGAAAGACCACCGAGCCGGCCGCCAAAGCAAAGCAAGCAUUUAUCGUUUUUCUCUUCCACUGCAGGCGCCCCGCAUCAUCGUCUUUGUCGCCGUGCACUGGGUGGUUGCCCGACACGUGUCUGGAGGGCUUCGGCGACACCGAGAGUGGUGGUGCAGAGAUCCCCCCGCCCCGAUGGCUGCAGCUCAACAUUGUGGCCAAGGUCAUGCUCGAGAGGCCCGUGCAGUGCGUCUGCCCAUUCAUGGUGAGAAAUGACAACAACACGGCAGAGAGGCUGGAGGCAUUGCUGUGACCUCUCCUUCCAGGUUGACUUUCUCGCCGUGGCUGCCGAGAGACUGGUCAGUUGCUGCAAACGCAUCAUAUCUGUGGGCACAUGCAUUGUUGCUUUGUGUGUGUAUGCGUGCAGGUGCUGUUGUUCGCCCUGGCCCUGCACGACCAUGACUCCGACGUGGCCGACGGCACGGCAGCACACGAGGGAGGCGUGUCGCUACGGCUUGUCACCUUCCUCCCAAUGGGCCAACGGGUCAGCAGCCAUCCAUCCAUCCAUCCAUACACAAGACACAGACAGAAAGAUGCCGGAUGGGCACUGUUGUGUUGUGUGUGCUUCAGGUGGUGUCCCUGUCUGCCUAUGGGAGCGUGCUGAUGGUCCUCGACGCAUGGGUGGGCAGCCAAUACCAAACACGAACGCACACACACACACAUACUCAUUGAUGUGUUCGUUGCGUUGUAUGCGUGUGUGCAGGAGGGCAUGACACUGCUCGAGUAUGACGAGGAGACGGCCAAGCUGGUCGCCUGCUCCGUCCACGAACACCCGAGAAAAUUCCACACAGGUACACGACCUGGCUGCCCCAACGCCCUCCUCCCCCUCCCCCCCCGCCCCACAGACACACACACGCAUCCCUUUGUGUGUGUGUGUGUCUGUGUGUGUCUCUCAGGCAUUGUCCUGCCCCUCCGUGACGUCCCGACACAGUCCGGCACGGCCGACAACACCCAUGGCGAGCCGGACCUGGAGGGCGAUUUCGUGUGUGUGUUGGCCGACGGCUAUGGCGACAUAGUGGUGAGCCAGCCGCCGCCUGAGAGCAGCAACCCCGAUGAGCCCAUCGCGCGAGAGCAGCAGGAGGUCGUCAGGUUCAAUUUGGGCGGGGACUGCGCUCUGGCCUUCCUGCCCACCCAGCCGCCACCAGAGCUGCGGCCGAGGUCAGCAAGGGGCCUAGCGGGAGGCAUAUGUGCUUCGUGGACUCGCGUGUUUUACUGUGUGUGUGUGCAGGAUAUUGCGAGAUCCGUCAUCGGUAGUGCUGUGUCCGACGCGUGAAGGCGCACUGGGCUGUCUGUGGCAGGUACGUCUGCGUCGGUCGCAUCAUGAGUACAUAUUGCGAUUAUUAUGUUUUUCGUGGGCGCCGGGCUGCUUGUUCAGGUGAACGGGCUGUUUGACAUCUGCGACGAGUCCAAGCCCCUCUCCCGCCCGACGCACGUGCACAUCCCAGCGGUGGACGACAUUGACACGAUGGACGCCAGCAAGACCGACACCAAAACACCACCCCGCCUCCCCUCCCCGCCGCCGUCGCCCCCACUGCCGGCCCUCUCGUCAUACCACCCCUACCUCUCAUCAGCCACCAUCGACGCAUCAGGCCUCCCGCCACUCGGCGACCCACGAAUCGCCACGCCGGCCCCCCCACUGGCGUCAUUCCAUCCUGCCCGGUCACUCGCCAUCUGCCGGGAUCUGCAGCUGUGUCUGCGGCUCAUUGGCCGGUCGCUCCUGAGGGGGUGGGCGCAGCAGGGGCUGGGCUGGCCGGUGCCUCCAGCACCUGCUGGUGGUGGUCCUGGGAAAGGAGAGGACGCAGCGGAUGACAACAACGGCAACAUGGAUGAGGAGAAACAGCCAGAGGGAGAAGAGCAAGAGGGUGAGGGAGAGAGUGGCAAGGGCACUAAGGACGGCUCCCCGACCAAGCAGAGGAGGGCCACAGGCACAGCAACAAGGAGGCCUGCCCCCUUUACGAAGGAGCGGUGGACCACUCUCGAGCUCUACGGGCCAGGACUCCCCCCCGACCAUGCAGCAGACGAUGCCCCUGACGCGCCGGUGCCGCCCUUGCCGGUGCUGGGUGGGUGGGGCGGCUGGAGCCAGUCGUCGGGUAUGUCGAUGUGGCAGCUCGGGGAGGAGGCGGACAGGUGCGGCACCGUGAGGGAGGAGGUCUUCUGCGCAGGCGAGCCGCUCGAGGCGUGCAGGAGCACGUUCUCAAAGACCAAGGGACUGGUCGGUGCAUACACACACACACACACACGAGAGACAAAGGACACAUGAGCGGGGUGUGUGUGUGUGUGCAAUGUCAGUUGGAUGUUGACUUGUUGGCUCGUGUGUUGAGCCUGUCCGCUGCUGCAUGGGACGAGCUCGUGACGCUAUUGCAGCACACCGCCACACAACCCGACAAACAAGAGGUCCGUACGCGCAUGUGCCGAGCACAAAGGCAGACAGGCACACAGAGACGUAUGCCAACCAUUACUGUGUGUGUGGCGGCUUCCUGGUCUCGUGUGUGUGUGAUUGCAAUGCAGGUUGAGCAAGCAAUUCGGUUGUUGGCCUUUCCUUUUCGGCCGUAGAGGGACAGACGCGUGUAAGACGAUUGAUUGAACAUGUCAGUGUAUAC